GUCGACGUGACAGAGAACAGAAUACGGCAGAGUCAGAGGAAAAACGUCCUGAUUUCUUCAGCAUGAAGACGUUCUGCCUCUUGCUGUUGGCAGCCCUAGCUGUCGGGGACUUGGCGUACUCAGAAAGUGAUCCACAAACAACGCCCGUGUUGCCGUGGUGGAAGACCACCAUCAUCUAUCAGAUCUACCCGAGGUCGUUCAAAGAUUCGGACGGAGAUGGAAUCGGGCAUCAUUUCAGAGCUCCAACACUUCCAGUACCUCGGUGUGGAGACCCUGUGGCUCAGCCCCUUCUACAAGUCUCCACAGAAAGAUUUCGGCUACGACAUCUCCGACCAGAGGGAUGUGGACCCCAUGUUUGGCUCCAUCGAGGACUUCCGUAAACUGGUGGCCGAGGCCAAGAAACUGGGUUUGCGAACCAUCGUGGACUUUGUUCCCAACCACACCAGCACAGACCACGACUGGUUCCAGAAGAGCGUCAGACGAGAGGGCAAAUACACCGACUACUACGUGUGGUCAGACGGGAAAACUCUGCCUAAUGGCACCGUAGUGGCCCCCAACAACUGGCUCAGCGUGUUCUAUGGCAGCGCCUGGGAGUGGAAUGAUCAGAGACAGCAAUACUAUCUGCAUCAGUUCAUCAAGGAACAGGCGGACCUCAACUACCGCAACCCCGACGUCAGGGAGGAGAUUCUGUUGGCAAUGCGUUACUGGCUUGACUUUGGCAUCGACGGUUUGAGAAUGGACGCGAUUGGUCAGCUGUAUGAGGUCACUGACCUUUCUCUGGACGAGCCACUGUCCGGAGCCCCAGGAGUCCCGCUGAACGAGUACGACUCCCUGCUCCACCCGUACACCAACUUCCUGCCAGAGGUCAAGGACGAGAUCAUCCGCUGGCAGACGAUGCUGGACGGGAUGGAGAAGGUGGACGGCAGACAAAGGUUCAUGGUGCUGGAGUACUACACCGACUCCGACUCACGCGCCAAGAUGGCGGAGUACGGCGCCCACCCGUUCAACUUUGACCUGGUGGAUAACCUUGACAUUCCCACCAACGCCUCGCAGAUCAUGGCGCUCAUCUCUGAGGAGUACAUGGACAAACCUGCAUCUUACUGGCCUACCUUUGUGAUCGGUAACCACGACCGUAACCGUGUAGCCAGCAAGUACAACCCGCGUAACGCCAACGCCUUCAACAUGCUGCUGCUGACGCUGAAGGGAACGCCCACCACGUACUACGGAGAGGAGAUAGCCAUGGAAGACAUUGACGUCGCUUAUAACGAGUCGCAGGACCCUUGGGGUAUCAAUGCUGGCCCGGAUCGGUACCGCCUCGUAUCCAGAGACUUCAACAGGUCCCCCAUGCAGUGGACAUCGGUCAGUGAGGCGGGAUUCACCACAGGCAAACCCUGGCUCCCCGUAAACCCGGACUAUCUCACCGUCAACGUCGCCAGCGAAAAGCUGAACCCCAAGUCCCCCCUGAACCUGUACAAAGAAUACGCCGCCCUGAGACAACUGAACGCCUUCAAGUACGGAGAUAUCGACGUGAACGUCAUCACCAACGACAAUGUGCUCUCCUUCCUCAGGGAGUUUGGUUCUGAGAGAUACCUAGUUUGCAUAAACCUGGGCCAGAGCCCCUCCACGGACGACUACAGCCAGGGAGCGGUCAACUCGCCCACCGGUGUGGUCAUCGCCACCACGGGCAACGUCCCCAGUGCCCAGGACAAGUUCUCCACCGUCUCCCUGGACUCUCUCACGCUGCAGCCUGGACAAGGGCUCGUCCUCAAGUUGUGAUUGGGGGCGGACUUUUGACCUUCUACAGACGAUCUUACAGCAGUGUGCAUGAGCUUUAUCUGUGCAGCUGUCAUAGUAGAAGAAGAUUCUAGAGCAGUAUGCAUGACAUAGAGGAGGUAGAUCUUACAGCAGUGUGCAUGAGCUUUAUCUGUGCAGUAGACAUAGUAGAAGAAGAUUAUAGAGCAGUUUACAUGAUAUAGAGGGAGUAGAUCUUACAGCAGUGUGCAUGAGCUUUAUCUGUGCAGUUGACAUAGUAGAAGAAGAUUCUAGAGCAGUAUGCAUGAUAUAGAGGGAGUAGAUCUUACAGCAGUAUACAUGAUAUAGAGGGAGUAGAUCUUACAGCAGUAUACAUGAUCUAGAGGGAGUAGAUCUUACAGCAGUGUGCAUGAUAUAGAGGGAGUAGAUCUUACAGCAGUAUACAUGAUACAGCUUUCCAUGGGGGGUAGACAUAGGGAAGUAUAUUUUAGAGCAGUGUACAUGAUACACCUUUUUGUGGUAGACAUAGAAGAAGUAGAUCUUACACCAGCAUACAUAAUGCAGCUUUAUCAGGGCGAUAGACACAGUAGAAGUAGAUUUUAGAGCCGUUUGCAUGAUACAGCUUUGUCUAGGCGAUAUUUUGAGUCUUGACAGACGAUCUUGCAGCAGCAUGCGUGAGCUUUGUCAUGGCGGUAAACAUAGAGAAAGUAGAUCUUACAGCAGUAUACAUGGUGUUGAUUUGUAUAGACGUUAGACAAAGAGGAUGUAGAUCUUCUAAUACAUGAUACAGCUUUGUGUGGGCGGUUGGCAUGAUAUGCUUAACCUUACCAUAAAGUAAAGCCUAGCCGUUUUAUGAAAUAUCGUGAAUACACUGUACAACCAACUUGUGAUUGCGCGCUCAAGUAACCAUAGUACAUGUAUGUAGUUGCGUGCGAUGUAAAAGUCUUACUAAACUAACUAUGCAUGGGUUACAUAAGACGUGUAUGCGUUUUAGAUAAUUUAGGGGUACCUAAUUCUCGUCGUUUCUCUUGUUGUUUUCUAUGUUUCUUUUUUGUACGGGAGGGGAUCUUUCCUGUAGGGUCUGAGGUCUCUGUUUGAAGCGUACAAGGGACUUAAUAAACAAUUAACUG